UAACUAGGACACCGGACUUCUCCGGAUGCUCGAGUAUAGAGAGGCUGAGUUUCUAUAAUUGCAUAAACUUGGUUGAAAUCGACCCCUCCAUUGGCAAGCUAAAGCGCCUGAUUCACCUAAAUCUUAAAGAGUGCAUCUCUCUCAAAUUUUUGCCUGAAGAAAUCGGAAGGCUAAUGAAUCUGAAGCACUUUGCUUCCAGCGGAUGUUUUCAGAAGCUCCCAGAUUCAUUUGGGAAUUUGACAUCACUGAAGGAGUUGGAUCUGUCAAACAUACAAAUUGAAUGCCUUCCUGAGUCUAUUGGUGAUAAGAAGUUUCUGUCUGUCCUUAAUCUAAGGUACACGCAAAUUAGGAAACUUCCGGAGACUAUUGGGAAGCUUGUGAGACUUGAGUCUCUUUCUCUCUUUGGGUGCUUAGAGUUGGAAAAACUCCCGGACUCAAUUGGGAAGCUAGAGUCUUUGCAGGAGUUGAAUCUAUCCAGUACCAAAAUUGUUGAGUUGCCAGAUUCCAUUGGAAAUCUGAAGAAGUUGAAAGUGCUAUUGAUGGAAAAUACUCCAAUAAGGAAAUUGCCCAGUACUAUUGGAAUGUUAAAGAAUCUGGAAGAGCUACAUGCUAGUGGUUGUGAAGAAUUAAGUGGUGAAAUUCCAAGUGAACUUGGUGCAUUGUCCUCUUUGAAAAUCCUCGAACUAUCAGAUGCCCAUAUUUCUGGAGUGCCGAUGACAAUCAAUCAUAUUCCCCACCUUGAAAGACUGGACUUGACAGGUUGUAAUGAGGUUCAAGAAUUGCCAGAGCUUCCAAAAAGUCUGAUCUAUCUUCAUUUUCAAUCAUCGGCGUUGCGGAUAGUUCCGGAUCUCUCAAACUUGACUAAUCUUGUUGAUUUGCUCUUAUCUGAUGGCUCUGAAGAUGUGCUUCAGGCUUCAUCGGAACUAUUGCCAAGCUCUAGCUUAGGGUGGAUUAGGAGGUUAUCCAAACUGAAGAAGUUGGAAUUGUCCCUUUCUAAUAUCCCUGCACCACCGACCGAGUUUGGUUCUCUUCCUCGUCUAAAUGAGCUUAUUUUAUCUGGACUAGACCUGCAAUCUAUCACACAGCUUCCACCUUCCUUAUCGGAGCUGCGACUUGUUAAUUUCAACUCAACAAUAUCGUGGUCAAUCUUUUCCAACUUGAAAAACUUGUCAAAGUUGCGACUUUCUCAAUCUCAGCUUCAAGAAAUUGAACUCGGUGGACUCGAACAACUGAGAGCAUUGACAGUGAGUAACUGUGAACUCCUUGAGAGGUUAUACAUCCCGGGAAGCUUAAAGAAGCUUAAAGAAUUGUGGGUAUUAGAAUGUCCGAAGCUAGUUGAAAUUGAAGGUCUGGAGGCCCUAGAGUCCUUGGAAGAAAUGCACGUACAGUAUUGUGAUUCCAUUGGAAUGUUACGUGGGCUAUCAAACUCAAAGUUGCUGAAGCUUUUGAAUAUAUCAGACUGCUAUGAGCUUCGUGUUGUCGAGGGUCUCAGCGGGUUAGAAUCUUUGAACGCAUUACUUGUUCUUGAGUGCAGUUCACUGGAGAAACUAAGUAUUCCAUCAAGCUUAGAGAAGCUAAAACAGUUGGAGGUUUCGGGAUGCCGGAAGCUGAUUGAGAUUCCUGGUCUUGGUGCAUUGGAAUCAUUGGAGACUUUAGCCAUUGAAAAGUGUCGAUCCAUUAGCCACCUAUGCGAUUUAUCGAACUUACAGAUGCUGAAGUCUUUGUUAAUCAAUGGAUGCCAUGAACUACGAGCUAUCGAUGGCGUUGAGGAGUUAGAAUCGCUGCGUGAGCUCAGUGUUUUUAAUUGUCGGAAAUUGGAAUUUCUGAUGGACGUAUCAAACACGAAGAUACCUAACGAAUGCCUGAUAUCAAUUCAGAAGUGUCGGAAAUUACACAGGCGUGGUUAUCCUAAUGUCGAGGACCUUCCCUACAGGGAUUACAGACACAUGAUUAUUGCAACAACAAACUCUCCGACGGGGUCACUCCCUUUAGAGACAUCAGAUGAGGGAGAGGUUGAAACGGAUUAUGAAGCGGAGGAAUUGAAGGUGGACAGAGACAGCCCAGAUGAUACUAGCUCACCAAUGGUCAUAGCUUCUCAAGAGCUUGAUACCGAGCUUUGUUCAUCCGCGAGUUCUCGGGAUGAAGAGCCUCUUGUUGUAAGCGAUGUUGAAGGAGGGACCCAAAUAUGACCACAAUCUUUCGUGAUCGCACCAGGGAGCUUCACCUUUAGUUUCUUCCUACUCUGGGAAAAGGAGGAAUUGAGGCAUCUGAGAUCCUAAACUUCUCCAAAUUAUUUAUUGAGGUUUCUGAAACUUUUCUUAUUUGUGCAAUUGUAUCCUUAAAGAAUAUGUUUUGUUCCUUCGAGUUGAUCCUACAGUUAAAAAUAGAAACGGAAGUGCUGGCUUGGACUGACUCAUUGACUCCACAUCAA